GGUGAUAGAUAAAUCGGUCAUUCUGGAAUUUGACGAAAUUGAACGUGUCUCUAAUUACAUUAACAAUGAUCAGUAUCACUGUGAUAAGGUGCUGCCUAAGAAGAUAAGGGAGAAGAGGUGCCAGGCCUGCAAUCCGGACAACAGAAAGACGGGGCAGACCUGCCCAAAGCUUGAUACCGGAAUAGUCCAUAGCUCGACAAUUCCGCGCAAGGGCAGCGAGUCGAGCACGACCAGCAAGAGCAGUGCGCGCAGCUUCAAUGCGUGGACGCGCUCCCUGACGCACCGCGGCGCCGCCCGGCAACAGUCGGCGCCCGGCGGCACGGGGGGCGGCGGCCACCGUCGCCAGCCGUCGACCGGCAGCUCGCAGGGCUCGUGCGAGAUCGGCGAGGACCCGCUGCAGGUGCAGGACCCGACGCAGUCGCCGCCCCCCGUACCCAAGCAGGCGCAGCCCACCGACAUACCAUCCAGAAACAAGGAUACCCAGUUGGCGCCCAUAAAGGGUAGCGCCCCGGAGGGCGGUGCCUUCGACAAGAUCGACAACAUCGAGUACAUAGACAGCGUGACGCCCACAGACAUCACCAACAUCAACAACAAGGGCUACCACACCAUCGAGCUGGGCGACGAUGACAAACAAAAAUCGACCGCCUCCAAAUUGUCGACGCCCCGCGAGAAAUCCAAGGGCGGCAGACCGAAAACCAACGGCGGCAAAAAGAAGAACAAGCGGGACAAGCCGAGAGGCGGCGUCGCCGGCACGGUGUUCCCCGAAUCAAGUCCGGACGACAAGGACGAGAACAUGAGGCCGAAGGGGCGGGCUAGAGACGGGCGCACUCCCCCUCCCAAGGAGGUGGUGACCAGAGUGAAGACGUCGACCGUCGAUACGGAAACUACCAAAGUAGUCACGACCACCACCAGUUUGAACAGGUACACGUUCACUAAGAUCAAAGACGACAAGGAGAACGUGGAGAAGAAGAUUAGGACGCACAGUUGUUCGUCGAUACCCUACGACAUCAUUGAUAACUUGGUGCCGUUCCGGAAGCGAUUUUCCAACUAUCCGUUCCAGAUUAAGGACGACGAGGCAAAGAAAAGAGAUCAGAGGCCGCGGUCGCGCCUGGACAUCGAACCGGUCGUGGAGGAGGUCCUGGCCACCAUCAUCGACAUGGCCGUCGAGAUAAUCGAGAAGAACCGAUUGGUGCGCGAGACGUCCCAACCGUUGGAGCAGGACGACGAUCAGCCGCCGCCCACGGUGGUGGUUACCACCGCCUCGACGUCCGUGCCUACGAUCGUCGUCAACGAGGUGACCGUCAAGACGGCCCAUCGACUUGCUGCCGACUAUAAGAGUCGUAUCGCCUGUAAGACGGGCGACGUGCUGAAGCCACCCCUGAGCGGCGGCAAGUUGUCGAAGACCCCAUCAGCGGACACCCUAAUGGACGCCAGGAGCUUCGUCGAGGACUACGAGGAGUUUCACGACUCCUGCAGCGAAAUGGCCGACGCGGAGAUGGCGAUCAACCAGGUGAUGUCGGAGCUGUCGGACAGCGUGGACCGGGCCAUAGCCGAGAAACACCGUCGGCCACGCAAGAAGGAGAAGUUCGUGAAGCACGGCGGCGUCACCAGCCUGAUACCGAUCGAGACGGACUCGAACGCCGAAGAGGACUCGGAAAUCGUCCAGACGGAGAACGACAAACGUCUAUUAGAGGCCGGACGCAUGUACAGCAUACCCAAGAACCUGUUCCAGAACAAGGAGCUGACGGAGAUCACCGAACAGACGAUCGACGAGUUGCAUCGAAACGACGAGAAUGCUGAGAACAAUCCGGACAUGGUGGAGCAGCCGAUCGUCGUCUCGCUGCAGAACAAGGAGGGCAAGCCGGACGACGACGAUGACGUGUUCAAGCCGAUAGCCGUCAGUCCGGAUGGGCGGUUCUUCAAAUACGAGGAGGAAAUCGGUAGGGGUUCGUUCAAGACGGUAUACAGGGGACUGGACACGCAGACAGGAGUCGCAGUUGCCUGGUGCGAGUUGCAAGAGAAGAAGCUGAACAAGGCGGAACGGCAGCGGUUCAGGGAGGAGGCGGAGAUGUUGAAGAAGUUACAGCAUCCUAACAUCGUACGGUUUUAUAAUUACUGGGAGGCGCCUGGCACCAAAAAGAAGAACAUCGUGCUCGUCACCGAACUGAUGUUGAGUGGCACCUUAAAAACGUACUUGAGACGUUUCAAAAAGAUCAAUCCAAAAGUACUAAAGUCUUGGUGCAGGCAAAUUUUAAAGGGAUUGGCGUUUUUGCACUCGAGGUCACCUCCUAUAAUACACAGAGAUUUGAAGUGUGACAACAUCUUCAUAACCGGAACGACGGGGUCGGUUAAGAUCGGCGAUUUGGGUUUGGCCACGUUGAAGAACAGGAGUUUCGCCAAAUCGGUGAUAGGCACGCCCGAGUUCAUGGCACCGGAAAUGUACGAGGAGCACUACGACGAGGGCGUGGACGUGUACGCCUUUGGCAUGUGCAUGCUGGAGAUGGCCACCAGCGAGUAUCCCUAUUCCGAGUGCACCGGCCCCGCCCAGAUCUACAAGAAGGUGAUAUCGGGCGUCAAGCCGGCCAGCUUCGACAAAGUGCAGAAUCCGGAGGUGCAGAACGUGAUCGAGAGCUGCAUAAAGCCACGCAAAGAGGACAGGCCUAAAGUCAAGGAUCUGUUGACGCACGCCUUCUUCGAGGAGGACGUCGGUCUGAAGGUGGAAGUGGUCAGUCAGGAGGAGAGCCAGAAGGUGGUGUUCAGGCUGCGGGUGAUCGACCCCAAGAAGCGGACGCACAAGCACAAGGAGAACGAGGCCAUACAGUUUGAGUUCGACAUGGAAACGGACCGAUACAACACCAUCGCCGAGGAGAUGGCAAAGUCCGGCAUAAUUUUUGAGGACGACGCCAAAACUGUGGCGCAACUGCUCAAGGCCCAGAUCACGCAGAUAACCAAGGAACGCGAACAGCAACGUACGAAAGAAAAAGAAGCGCUGGCUCAACAACUACAGUACCAGCAGUACCUGCAGAAGCAGGCCGAACACCAGCAGGCCCAACAACAGGCGGCCGCCGCUCAACAACAGCAGGCCUAUCAGCAGCAGGCUCAGCCGCAGCAGCAGCAGGGGGCGCCGCCGCAGCAGCCGCAACAACAACCGCAGGCUCAAACCCAACAGGCCCCGCCGCAGUACCAGCAAGCGGCGCAGCCCCCGCAGCAACCCAGUUUCCAACAGGCUCAGCCGCAGUAUGAUCCGGUGCAGCAGCAGCAGCAGCAACAGCAGUUCCAGCAACAGUCGCAGCCGCAGUACACGCAGCCGCCGCAGCAGUCGUAUCAGCCGCAGCAGACGCCGCAACCAUCCGCCGAUCAGCAGCAACAGCCUCAGUACCAGCAGCAGCCGAUGCAGAUCGAUCAGAACGUGUUGCAGGGCCAGUACGUGCAACAGCAACAACCGCAGCAGCAGGACGCCCAGGCUUUGUUACAGCAUCAGUACCAGCAGCAGCAACAGACGACAAUUAUCCCGGAACAGCAACAGCAGCCGACACAACAGCCUCCGCCGCAGCAAAUCUAUCAGCAGCCGCAGCAGGAGCAAACCGUAACGCCGCCGGUGUUGCAGAGGCAAACCAGCGUGGAUCCGGUGCAACAGCAGCCCAUCGUCCACAAGCAACAGCAACCGCCGCAACAGUACCAGCAGUACAUACCGGAGGGGGCGUUGCCGCAGCAGGCGGAGUUCUUGCAGGUGCAGGAGAAUCAGCAGCAUAAAAUCUCCAGUGUGUCGCAGCCGGACAUGCUGUGCGCCACUUCUAGCACGUCCGAACCGCCGCCGCAACAUCGACUCAGCGUGGACAGUCAGCUGGAUAUCCACAAUCAGCAGCAGCAAUUCCAGCAACAGUUCAGCCAACCACAGCAACAGCAACCGGACUAUCAGGCGCAACCGUAUCAGCAACAACAACCCGGUCAACAACCGCAACCGCAGCAACAGUACCAACCGUUAGGGCAGGACCAGCAACAACAAACGUACCAGCAGAGCCAGCCCCCGCAACCCUAUCAGGUAGCGCAAGAUCAAAAUUAUCAGCAACCCACGCAGCAACAACCGCCGCCUACGGCUCAACAACCCGCGUAUCAAAAUCAACAGUCGCAGCCGUAUCAGCAGCCGGCGGCUCAGUCCUAUCAGGCGCAGCCGCCACCGCAACCUUAUCAACAGGAGCAGAGCUAUCAGCCUCCUCCCGCCACGUAUCAGCCGGCCCCCCAGCAACAACAGCCUCCACAGCAACCGUAUCAGCAACAGACCAGUCAGGACAUGGCUCAGAACUACGUACAGCCACAGACCUACCAGCAGCAGCCCCAACAGCCGACCUAUCAGCAGCAGCAACCCCAGCCCUACCCACAGCAACCUCCCACAUACACGCCGCAGCAACAACAACAGCAACAGUACGUGGCUCCGCCCCCACAACAACAACAGCCGCAGCAGCAGGAUCAGUCUCAGCAGCAGGUGUACCAGCAACAGCAGUUCAUGGCGCCACCGCAGCAACAACCGCCGACCGCUCAGCCGCAGCCCGUCGUGGAACAGUUACAGCAACCGCAGCCCAUCUACCAACAGCCACAGCAAAUUCCCCAGCCACAACCUCAGACUUACGUUCAGCCGGCCCAGGCCUACGUCGAACCGCCACCCCAGCAACAGCAGCAACAAGUUUACCUUCCGGUUGAACACCUCCCCGAUCAACCCGCCCCACCUUUGGGACACCGUCCGUCUACCACGGAGCUGCCCCACGUCCUGCCGCCUAAUAUUAUCGACUUGCACCGUUUGCACCAGCAGCAACAGCAUAGAAUCUCCACAGCUUCGUUGCCACCCAUGCCUACGUUCGAUCAGCAGCAACAGCAAGCUGCUGAUCACAGGAGAUUGUCGACUAUAAGUCAGCCGGCUAGGCCGGAAGACUAUCAGACUGCUACUCCUAUUGUUUUCAGUCAGUUAACUGAGGGUUACGUCAGUCAGGAAAGUGUCGCCUCCCAACAGCUUCAACAGAUGUAUGUACCACAACCAGUGGACACGACUCAACAACAGCAACAACAAGUGCAGCCACAGCAACUGCCGGAAGAACCCGAACCGCCGCUGCAGGAGGACCCGAAGUCGGCCGAUCCGGACGACGUGUCGACCUCGGAACAGAUAAGCGAAGAGACGGCCGUCUCCUCGCACAGCGCCGGUGACGAAAGGGUCUCCUCGCGUCGCACCAAACGUGGCUCCUUCAAGCACCAACUGAUCGUCACGGGCGUUCAUCCGGACGGCACCGUCGAGUGUCAGCUGUUGUGCAAGCAGAAAACGAUCAGUUUCAAGUUCAACAUGGUGGACACCACGCCCACCGACAUCAUAGACGGGAUGGUGCGACAGGAACUGCUCAAGCCCGGGCCCCACAAACAUCUGACCGACCAUCUGGGUGAGGUUAUAGGCGCACUGAAGGCCAGGCCCGGGGAAAUACCGGAGAUCGGGACGGCCAGAGGAAAGAGAGACGACAGCAGCGGCCAAGUGUUGAUAGGCAAGCAAAACUAUGCGGAGACGCCGACCAACGGCAACGAGGACACGCUUAAAACGCUGGCCGAACACUUCACCCAAAACAGGGAGAGUCUGAACAGCAGUGGCACGGUGUCGAGGAAGACCAGCACGGCCAGCGAUUACACGCCGGAACACACGUACAUAUUGAACGCGAGGCCGCCUUUAAUUGAGCACGUCACCGCCGUCUCCUACGUCACCGACACGGUGGUCACCGAAAAAGAGAGGGACAGUUACGAGGACAGCGUCGUGCAGAACGAGGAGAUCGUCGGCGAAACGGUGGACUACACGGACGCGUUGAAGAACGAGUUCAACGACAGUUUGAGGCAGAGGGACGGCGACCAACCUGCUCUGGUGCCCGGACAGAAGGUCACCAUCAAGGGCUUCGUGCUGGCUCGUGAGGAGUCGCAGAUCGUCGACGGCAUCGAUGGCAGCAAAGACGACAUUAGUGGUAACGUUGAGGAGGCAAAACCGACGGAGGAGAAGUCGCAGACUGAGAACGGGGCCGGUUUAAAGGUCCCGCAGAGGAAGAUCUCCAGGUUUUUGGUCAGUCCUGUGCUGUCUGGACAGUUGGACAUGCCCAAGGAUAAAGAUUUCGGUGAGGCGACGCAGGAGGCGGGCGCCGACAGGCCGUCGGAACUGCCCGACAUUAAGAACACGCAUUCUGAGGCGCUGAGGAAGAACUCCGCUCCGUUGGAGAACACAAGGACGUCCAUGGAGUUGGAGAACAAGACUGAACAGAAAGUUUCUGUCUGUUCAUUGAAGGAGGAGAGUAUAACUAAUAGGGAGGAGAAUUUGGCCACCUGUGGUCCGGAACUCAUUAACACCCUGGAGCAGCUCAAAAUUAGCUUGGAUAACUUAAAGAACAGCAAUCACCCGAAAAAAGAUGCCGAAGGCGAAGUCAAGAAGCCGGCCUCGGUGGCCGAAAUACCGACGCAAAAGGCCCCGUCCGCCGUCACGAGUUUUGCCCCCACACAAACGGCGCAAUACGUGAACGGCGGCAUAGUCGUUUCGUCGGCUCCGCCGACCCUCACCUCCGUACCACAAUCGGUGCAAACAUCGGCACCGCCAAGCACCGCCCCCAUGCAAAUCGGCACGCCUCCGGCCCAGGUCAACAUUGCCCCCAUUCCUUCGCAGACGGUUCCCGUUCAGGUGCAGCAGCAGCCGAUGAUGCCGACGCCCGCUCCGCAGCCGACCACCGUGGGCACGCCCCCUGUACAGACCAGCGGUUCGCAACAGUCGUUCGUGCCCAUGGUCCAGCCGCACAUGCCCGCCAGCAUGCCGCAGCCAGUGAUCAAUUCGCAGGUGCCGCCGCAGCAGUACGUGAACGUAGCGGCGUCGCAACCGCAGGUGGUGACCUCGGCUCCGCCUCCCAGUCUUGCGACUGCGCAGAUCCCCAUGAUGCCGGUCAGUCAACAGCCGCCUGCGCAACCUCAGUACCAGUCGCAGCCGAUGAUGGUGCCCCAGCAGCCGCCACCUCAGCAGCAGCCGCAGCAGCCGCAGUCGUUGCCCAAGGCGCAGCCUGGUUUGGUGUUGAACAUCGCCAAUCCUCCGGAGGUGGCCUACCAGCAGCAACAGGCUCAGAUCUACCCGCAGCACGGCAUCGCCUCGUCGGUGUCCGUGCAGAACUUGGCCUCGGCCAACGGGCAGACGCCGCCGUUCCAGCACUCCGUGUCGCUGGACGAGCCGAUGACCGCCCCGCCCGGCGGUUUUCCGACGAAGAAGAUCAACGAGAAUCUCAAGCAAAUCGUCGAGAGCAACUCGAACAGGGGUAGCCAGGCGUCGACGCCGCAAGGCGAGGUGGUGUACGACGUGCACCUGCACAGUCUGCACCACAAGUUGCAGAUGCAGAUGCCGCCGUUGCCGCGUCCGCAAACAACGGCGCCGCCUAGUCCCCAGUCGGCGUUGUCGUCGUUGGAAUUUCCGCAGGACGUUCCGCCUUUAAAUCCCGCAACCGUGGAUUUGGGCAGCGCCCCGGGAAGCGGUACCGCAACCGCCGAAGUGCUGUCGCCAGUUUUGGAGAACGUCGAUCAAACCACCGAGAAACAGCGCCAGUUGGACAGCCUGAACACCCACCUGAGACGCAUCAAUUCCCGCACCGAGAACGUGAACGUCGCGGACACGUCGUCACCCGACGCCAAACCCGAACCAUCUUCUACCUUGAUCGCCGAACCGCCGGCACACAGGGAGAGGAAGGUGUCGCGAUUCCGGGUGAGCGUGGUGACUGAACCGGACCGCGGCAAGCUCACGAUACCGGAAGCACUGGAGCCGACCGAUACAUCGGGCGGCGGCACCACCAACACGACCGCGACCAUGGGUGGCACCGAGACGAACGGCGGCCAACAGGACGGCCACAACCGCAACAACGAACAGGACUACAAGUCGGUGAUCGACAGCACGUUCGGCUAUCUCAAGCAGACGCUCGACGUUCAGGGUUCUCUCAAGCCGACCGAUGAGUUGGCGCUUGAAGAAGAAUCCAAAACGAAGGUGAAGCAUGGACUUUAUACGGCCACAAAACACCGGAAACCGCACUCCCCGCAAUCACACGCAACACGUUUUAACGAUCUGAAAACGAAAAUCGAAAACAUAUUGCCGAUAAAGACCGAACAAAAGUCGAACAUACGCCGAAAGAGCACGUCGCGUCGCAUGAGCAAAUCGUUCCGCCAAUACCCGAGCAUCGUGAUCGAGCCGCCCGAAGAGAACCUAACGAACAGCAUGCCCGACAUUUGCAAAACGUCACCCACACACGACUUGCUUGACAUAUUUAACGGUUCGGAGAAGAACGUCAGUCUGCCGGACUUGACCGAGACCGCGUUCUCGGACAGGCACGACAGCGACGACGAGGACGACGGGAGUGAUCGGUGCAGUUCGGUGAGCACGACCAUCGAAUGCGACGACGUGUUCUCCGACAACACCGACACCUCGUCGGACAUGCCCGACGACGACUACUCGCGACUGGACCUGCGCGUCAAACGACUCGAACAAAGUCCCGUGCUAGUGCUCAUGCGCAACAUCAAACUCAAACACUGCACCUCGUUGCGCAACAUCAGACGACGCAUGCGUAACACCGAGGACAAGACUAGACGUAACCUGACACAUUCCAAUUCGUUGCACAACUUACGCGAGCCGCACAUCAAGCUGAGACAAGAGGACGCGUAUCACACGGUGCACGGUGACCGGUUCAAGGCGGAGACUAGACGCACGAUGGAGUUCAGGACGGGCGGCAUAGGCGGCCGUUCCCGCGAGCUGGGUUGGCGCAGCCUGCAGAGCAUCGCGAACGGUACACACAUACACACGCAGGUUUCUAGGUGUUGUUGCGGUAGGGAGGAGUGCGAUAGGGUGGUGCCGAUAGAGCAGUACUUGGAGACGUAUUUCGCAGGCAGGGAGGAGACGUUUGAGGAGAUGCUGAACAGACAGAAGGCGGAGCUGAACGCCCUGAUGGAGGCCCACCGGAAGCAGCAGCUGGAGUUCAUGGAGUUUCAUCGAAAACAAUCCGAAGAGAACAAGAAGCUAUGAGGUGGUAAACGAAGUUUUUAUUUUGAUGGAUAUACAAGUGAGAACGAAAGGCUGUAUUAACAAAAAAAAAAUUGUUUAUAUGUAUGAUAAUUAUUUAGUUGAUAUAAUUAUAAUUAUAUAAUUGAGCUCAA